UCGCCCCUCCCUCCCCAGCCUUCCCCCGCGAGCGGACGCGCUAGCGCCUCUGUCUCGCUUUUUCUUAUUUUCUCCCCCUUCCCCCUUCCUUUUCUUUUCUUUUUUCCCCUUCCCCCCUUUCACCAUUUCCCCUCGGAGGCGCUUCCCUCGGGCAGGGGCAGAGCCGGCCUCACCCCGCGCCUCUCCCCGGCCCCCGCCGCCCUAUGGCGAGAGGGCGCCCCCUCCUCACCCGGGCACCAGCGGCAGCGGUCGGAGGAGCGGGACCGGCGGCGGCGGCCUCCGGCCCAGGGUCAUCAUGGAAUUAGUUCGCUGAGUGACCCUUCGGCCGCAGCCGUGCGUCCCGCCCGAGUGCCCGCGCCCGCCGGCCCGGUUUGCCCUCUUCUCCCUCCUCAGUCGGCCCGGCCCUGGUCCCGCGCGCCCCGCCGCCGCGCGCUGAGGAUCAUGAGGUGGUAACGGGCCCCCGGAUGACCCCGCGUCACCACUGUGAGGCCUACAGCUCUGCCGGGGAGGAGGAGGAGGAGGAAGAGGAGGAGAAGGUAGCUACAUCAAGCUGGGUGGCAGGCAGAUCCAAAGGGAUAUCAUGAAGUUUCCAGGACCUUUGGAAAACCAGAGAUUGUCUUCCCUGUUGGAAAGGGCAAUCUCCAGGGAAGCCCAGAUGUGGAAGGUGAAUGUACCAAAAAUACCUACAAACCAGAAUGUUUCUCCAUCCCAGAGAGAUGAAGUAAUUCAAUGGUUGGCCAAACUCAAAUACCAGUUCAACCUUUAUCCAGAAACAUUUGCUCUGGCAAGCAGUCUUUUGGAUAGGUUUUUAGCUACAGUAAAAGCUCAUCCAAAAUAUUUGAAUUGUAUUGCAAUCAGCUGUUUUUUUCUGGCUGCUAAGACUGUUGAAGAAGAUGAGAAAAUUCCAGUGCUAAAGGUAUUGGCAAGAGACAGUUUCUGUGGAUGUUCCUCAUCUGAGAUUUUGAGAAUGGAGAGAAUUAUUCUGGAUAAAUUGAAUUGGGAUCUUCACACAGCCACACCAUUGGAUUUUCUUCACAUUUUCCAUGCCAUUGCAGUGUCAACUAGGCCUCAGUUACUUUUCAGUUUGCCCAGAUUGAGCCCGUCUCAACACUUGGCAGUCCUGACUAAGCAGCUACUUCACUGUAUGGCCUGCAACCAACUUCUGCAGUUCAAAGGAUCCAUGCUUGCUCUGGCCAUGGUUAGUCUGGAAAUGGAGAAACUCAUUCCCGAUUGGCUUCCUCUUACAAUUGAACUGCUUCAGAAAGCACAGAUGGACAGCUCCCAGUUGAUCCACUGUCGGGAGCUGGUGGCAUAUCACCUUUCUGCUCUGCAGUCUUCCCUGCCUCUGAAUUCCGUUUAUGUCUACCGUCCCCUCAAGCACACCCUGGUGACCUGUGACAAAGGAGCGUUCAAAUUACAUCCCUCCUCUAUCUCAGGCCCAGAUUUCUCCAAGGACAACAGCAAGCCAGAAGUGCCAGUCAGAGGUCCAGCAGCCUUCCACCUCCAUCUCCCUGCUGUCAGUGGGUGCAAGCAUACCUCUGCUAAACGGAAAGUGGAGGAGAUGGAGGUGGACGACUUGUAUGACGGGAUCAAGCGGCUCUAUAACGAAGACAGUGGUUCCGAGAGUGUGGGCUCUGUGUGUGGCACUGAUCUAUCCAGACAAGAGGGCCAUGCUUCCCCCUGUCCACCUUUGCAGCCUGUUUCUGUCAUGUAGUUGCAGGUGUCACCUUCCAGUGCACACUAAGGCUGACUACUUGGGGUGAGACUAGAAAACCAGGAAAGGCUAUAGAGAAGGGCAUGUGCUUUAUCAGACUGAAGUGAGCCAGGAAAAAAGAAAAACACUUAUUCUUUUGUGCAGUUACUUACAAUUCAACAUAAUUUAAUAUAAAGGCAUAUAUUUAUAGACUCAAGAUCCAAAAUAUAUUUAAAAGUAAAGCAAAAGUUCUUUGUACUAUGUCAGUUCCACUUCUUUGUUAAAAUAAGUUUGCCCCAUGUCCAAAAAAAAUUUUUAAAAAGUAAAUGUUUAGGGGAAAGUUGCAAACUCACAGCUAGGAACCUUGUUCAUGUUGUCCUCUUCUCUUGCCUUUUCUUGCCUCGGUUGAAUACUUCAUAAGCUGUGUGCUUGUUGAUCUGUGAAUUCUGACUUCACUGAACAAGUAACACCCACCUUUUCUUUUAAAGUAAUUCAGGAGGCAAAUUAUUUUUUGUGGCAGCCAUGUUUAAUCCACGGUUCAAGUGUGUUAGUCUGAAAAGGGCACUUUGAAGCUAUCCCCAUGAAUCAGUGGCAGUAGGAAAAGUUCUCUUAUUUUGUCAGUCUUAUUUUAGUUUUUAGUUUAAAAAGAUUACUAUUGUCCUUUUUUGUUUAUCUUGAAGCUUAAAAAUGGCAUGUAAUUAGGACAUCUUAAGCAUUUUGACGUUUAUAUAAAAGAAUUUCUGAUAAAGUUAAUAUAUCCAGGUGCUCACCAAAGAAACAUGUAUGUAACAUAUAAGUAGAUUUUUGUAACUGAUCUGUUUUCACUCAUUUAUAAUCAGUAGAAACAACUGUCUAGAUAUUGGGGCAGCCCUGAUUGGAGUCUAACUUAUAAUUGAAUUCAGUACCCUAGUUUUAUAUUGCGCUAUUAGGAUUUUCUUUAUAAGGAAUUUUUCCCUUGUUUUUCUCUGAUUGGCUUCUGGACCCUGAGCUCCCUUUGCAGUCUGAAGAUGGCACUGCAGUCAGAACCGUGUACUGCUGGGAAAGCCUCUGGUAGCAAUAAAAUGUUGUCCUUAA